UCCGCUGGGUGGGAGUUCAGUGUGACACACAGAGGAUUUCAUUCAGUGUUUCAGGUGUAGAUCUUUUCUUUGCCCUCACAUUUGAACAAACGAGCUGGAUAAUUUAAAGUGAGACUAUUAACGCCUCAGCGUAUGUUCGUGUGUGGUCUGAGUCAUUUUACUAAGCAAAACCACUUCUCUGGAACUCUGCUGUGAACUUUGAAACUCAUACUGAGAUACGCAGAACAACACUGAAUCCAUAAGAGGAAGUAAAUGCCGAGCUGGAAUCACAUGAGAUAAGAAGCUUGCGGAGAGAGAUUUCACACGUUGACUCACACUCUGACUGUGGAUUAUGAAAAAAACCUUGACAUGGCGGUCUCUUAUGGUCCAGAUCCAAGCCUGUCCCAAGUGGUUUUGCUGUUACUGGGUGAAAAACAAAGUGGGAAGAGCUCAGCAGGAAACACCAUUCUGGGAAAACCAGUCUUUGACAAAAAAACUACUCGCAGCUACAAAGAGAGCGGCACCACCUUUGGCAUACAAGUGACAGUGGUGGACACCCCAGGGUGGUUGUCCCACUCCACCACUCCAGACGUAGUAUCCCGGGAGCUGUGCAGAGGUCUGACCCUCUGCCAUCCAGAGCCCCAUGCCAUCCUGCUAGUGCUGCCCACCACCUCCACCUUCGGCCCAGAGGAGUGGAAGGCCAUGGAGGCCCAGCUCAGACUGCUCCGAGUCCAUACCCCCAUCUGGCAGCGAGCCAUGGUCCUCUUCACCCACGGAGACAACUUAGGAGACCUGCCUGUACAGGAGUACAUAAGGCGACAGGGUCGGACUCUUCAUUGGCUGCUGGAGCGAUGUGGGUACAGGUACCAGGUUAUGAGCAGCCAGUCCAGGGCCUCAGAGGCUCAGGUCACAGAGCUCUUUGUAAAGAUCCAGAAGAUGAUGAAGACUAACGAGCGUCCCAAGUAUAUCCAGGACCGGAUGUACACCCAGCUGAGACGAGAUGUGAGCAUAAAGGAGGACAGGAGGUGGCAGGGAAGACAAGAGGAGAUAGAAAUGACAGUGAUGCAUAAUGUGCAUGAUGGGAGGAUGGGACAAAGGGAGCAGAUGGCCCCACAAUGGCUUUAUAUGCCAAGAGCAGGGCCAGUUGGUUUUAAGCCUGCUCUCGGCCUCAUUCUGCUGGGAAGGAGGAAGUCCGGGAAGAGCUCAGCAGGCAACAUGAUCUUGGACAGGGGAGUGUUUCAGGUCGACAAAAAGACCACAAUUUGCUCUGUAAGCCACGGGGAAGUGUCAGGGCGGCCUGUCACGGUGGUGGACACCCCCGGGUGGAGUCUGUUUGGUCUGGCCAAUCCCAAGCAGGUCAGGACGGAGAUCAGUCGGAGCCUUUCCCUCUGCCCUGUGAGGGGCAAAGUGUCAUUUGUGCUGGCUGUACCGGUAGGCUCGUUCAGAGAGAAAGACAGGAGAGCUGUGGAGAUGUACCUCAGCAUUUUGGGGAAUGAUGUAUGGAGAACAACUGUGGUGUUGUUCACCUAUGGAGAGGAGCUGAGAGGAAGGACAGUGGAGAAACACAUAGAGCAGAGCGGAGAGCCUCUACAGUGGCUGCUGGACAGAUGUGGCCACCGGCAUCAAGUGUUAGAUACAAAUACAGCAGACGAGACUCAAGUCAGUCAGCUGCUGGAGAUGGUGGAGCAACUAUAGGAAGUAAAUGGCAAAAAAAAUGUUUACAAACAAAACAAUUUUCUUCUUCAUUAUGGUUCUCUGUGUGAUUUCAAACAUUUCUAUGAGAUUCAAUUUCCAUUUAGUUUUUUCUUUUUUUAAUACAUUUUUUAUUUAUUCAUUGACAAAUAAUAUGGUAGCCUAACUUAUAAAACAGAAAAAAAUAGAGAAAAUACCAGGGGAUCAGAGCAUAGACAGAAAUCCUAAAUCAGUUCAUAAAAAUUGUAUACAUCUAAUUGAUAAUUAAUUCAUCUUUUUUCAUAAACUACUGGGAUGUAUGUGUAUGAUUGUAUGUGUAUGUAAUGUUAUGUAUGUACUGGUGCGCCUCUCGCGUGCAACUAGUCAUCAUUUGUGGUAAUUGUGUAUUCUAUAGUUUGUACCACUACUUUUUAUUGAAUCAUGGGCCCCCACCUAUAAGCUUUUCUAGCUUCUUUGGGGGACCCAUUCAUUCUACCCAAUUAAUCUUGUACCCCCCCCCAGCUGUAUUAUUGUAAUGUUUCAAAUGGUAUUGUGAAUAAAGAAAAUGAAAUGAAAAUGAAAUUUGUGUUUAGAAUAGAGGAUUGAAGUAAAGUUUGAUUUCAUUUCCAAAAAUUAAAAAGGAUGUUUGACAUAAAUCUUCUGGAACGAUUUGAAUAAA